AUGCCCUGUAUCCAAGCCCAGUAUGGGACACCAGCGCCAAGCCCAGGACCCCGUGACCACCUGGCCAGCGACCCCUUGACCCCCGAGCUCAGCAAGCCCACCAUGGACCUGGCCGGCCCCGAGGCGGCUCCCGGCGCACCCACGGCCCUGCCCAGCUUCAGCACCUUCAUGGACGGCUACGCGGGGGAGUUUGACACCUUCCUCUACCAGCUGCCGGGGACGGCCCCGCCGUCCUCCUCGGCCUCCUCCUCGGCCUCCUCCACGUCCUCCUCCUCGGCCACCUCCCCCGCCUCCGCCUCCUUCAAGUUCGAGGACUUCCAGGUGUACGGCUGCUACCCCGGCGCCCUGAGCGGCCCGCUGGACGAGACCCUGUCCUCCAGCGGCUCCGACUACUACGGCAGCCCCUGCUCGGCCCCGUCGCCGCCCACGCCCGGCCUGCAGCCGCCCCAGCUCUCCCCCUGGGACGGCUCCUUCGGCCCCUUCUCGCCCAGCCAGACUUACGAAGGCCUGCGGGCAUGGACAGAGCAGCUGCCCAAAACCCCCGGGCCCCCCCAGCCCCCGGCCUUCUUCUCCUUCAGCCCCCCCGCCGCGGGCCCCGGCCCCAGCCUGGCCCAGAGCCCCCUGAAGCUGUUCCCCGCGCAGGCCGCCCACCCGCUGGUGGAGGGGGAGAGCUACCCCAUGCCCUCGGCCUUCCCGGGCCUGGCGCCCGCCUCCCCGCACCUCGAGGGCCCGGGGAUGCUGAGCGUGCCCGUGGCCUCGGCCAAGGCCCGCAGCGGGGCGGCGGCCGGCAGCGAGGGCCGCUGCGCCGUGUGCGGGGACAACGCGUCGUGCCAGCACUAUGGCGUCCGCACCUGCGAGGGCUGCAAGGGCUUCUUCAAGCGCACAGUGCAGAAAAAUGCCAAGUACAUCUGCCUGGCCAACAAGGACUGCCCUGUGGACAAGAGGCGGCGCAACCGCUGCCAGUUCUGCCGCUUCCAGAAGUGCCUGGCCGUGGGCAUGGUGAAGGAAGUGGUCCGGACAGACAGCCUGAAGGGGCGGCGGGGGCGGCUCCCCUCCAAGCCCAGGCAGCCCCCGGAUGCCUCCCCUGCCAACCUCCUCACGUCCCUGGUCCGGGCGCACCUGGACUCCGGGCCCAGCACGGCCAAGCUGGACUACUCCAAGUUCCAGGAGCUGGUGCUGCCCCACUUUGGGAAGGAGGACGCCCGGGACGUGCAGCAGUUCUACGACCUGCUCUCGGGGUCGCUGGAGGUCAUCCGCAAGUGGGCCGAGAAGAUCCCGGGCUUCGCCGAGCUGAGCGCGGGCGACCAGGACCUGCUGCUGGAGUCCGCCUUCCUGGAGCUCUUCAUCCUCCGCCUGGCCUACCGGUCUAAGCCAGCCGAGGGGAAGCUCAUCUUCUGCUCCGGCCUGGUGCUGCACCGGCUGCAGUGCGCCCGGGGCUUCGGCGACUGGAUCGACGGCAUCCUGGCCUUCUCCCGGUCCCUGCACGGCUUGGCGGUCGACGUCCCCGCCUUUGCGUGUCUCUCGGCACUCGUCCUCAUCACCGACCGGCACGGGCUGCAGGAGCCCCGGCGGGUGGAGGAGCUGCAGAACCGCAUCGCCAGCUGCCUGAAGGAGCACAUCUCGGCGGUGGCGGGCGAGCCCCAGCCGGCCGGCUGCCUGUCCCGCCUGCUGGGCAAGCUGCCCGAGCUGCGGACCCUCUGCACCCAGGGCCUGCAGCGCAUCUUCUACCUCAAGCUGGAGGACCUGGUGCCCCCUCCGCCCAUCGUCGACAAGAUCUUCAUGGAGACGCUGCCCUUCUGA